GCCCUGCCGGGAAAGUUGCCGCAGCGCCUCUGCCGCCGCCGCCCCGCGCCCGCGCCUGUACCCGUACCCGGCACCCGCACCCCGCUGUCACCCCGCAGCAGCAGCAGCAGCAGCAGCAGUAGUAGCGGCACCCCGGGCGGGCGGGUCCGCGGGACAGGGCGGCAGCGAUCCCGCACCCGGCUGCCCGGCUCCCUCCCCGCAUGCGGCGCCGCUGAGCGGAGCAGCCCAUGGGGGCGGGCGCGGGCGCGGGGCGGCCCGUCCGGCACCCGCGUGGGCAGGGGCAGGGGUACGGGCAGGGGCACGGGGGCGCGGCGAGCCUGAGCCCGGCGCCGCUGCAGGUUUGAAAGAACAGAAAUCUGUACAACACGCAAGAAUCGGGCUUUCAAAAUGGAAUUCCAGUUUGCCCUCCUUUUCAUAGGGAUAAUUGCCUUUUCUGACUCGGCAAGAGGUCCCCCCAGAAUUGCUGAUAAGGUGAUCCAUCGGCAAUCAGUACGAUUAGGCAGAACCAUCAAGCUCCUGUGCCCGGUGGAAGGUGACCCACCCCCUCUCACUAUGUGGAUGAAGGAUGGGCGGACGAUCCACAGCGGCUGGACGCGGUUCCGAGUCCUGCAACAAGGGUUGAAGAUCAAGGAGGUGGAAAGUGAUGACGCGGGGACGUACAUCUGCAAGGCCACCAACGGCUUCGGCAGCAUGAAUGUGAACUACACGCUCAUUGUGAUUGAUGAUGCCAGCUCAGGAAAGGACAGCCAGGUACCUGAAGGCUCCAAUGGAGAAUAUGAAGACCAUUCUGGAAAGCAGUGGGCCCGGCCCAGGUUCACACAACCUGCCAAGAUGAGGCGGAGAGUGAUUGCACGUCCUGUUGGGAGCUCCGUCCGCCUGAAAUGUGUUGCCAGCGGGAACCCUCGACCUGACAUUACCUGGCUGAAGGACAAUAAGCCCCUCACCCCACAGGAGAUUGGGGAGAACAAGAAAAAGAAAUGGACACUAAAUUUGAAGAACUUGAAGCCAGAGGACAGUGGAAAAUACACGUGCCGAGUGUUCAACAGAGUUGGGGAAAUUAAUGCAACGUACAAAGUUGAAGUAAUCCAGAGGACGAGGUCCAAGCCCAUCCUCACGGGAACGCAUCCCGUGAACACCACAGUAGAUUAUGGUGGGACCACCUCGUUCCAGUGCAAGGUCCGCAGCGACGUCAAGCCUGUCAUCCAGUGGCUGAAGAGGGUAGAGUAUGGCACUGAGAACAAGUACAAUUCCACCAUCGAUGUUGGGGGGCAGAAGUUCGUCGUGCUGCCCACUGGGGAGGUCUGGUCCCGUCCCGAUGGCUCCUACUUAAACAAACUGAUGAUAACACGAGCCAAGGAAGAGGAUGCUGGCAUGUACAUCUGCCUGGGGGCAAACACGAUGGGAUACAGCUUUCGCAGUGCUUUCCUCACGGUGUUACCAGAUCCUAAGCCACCCAGCGCACCCGUUGCUCCUUCUUCUGCCAGCAGCCUCCCAUGGCCAGUAAUCAUUGGGAUACCUGCUGGAGCAGUCUUCAUCUUCGGGACAAUCCUCCUGUGGCUGUGUCAAACCAAGAAGAAGCCAUGCUCUCCCCCAGCCGCAGCCCCAGUGCACAGACCCCAGCCCAGAGACAGGAUCUGUGUCCCCCAGGUUCCCGAUAAAGACUGCAUCUCCUCCAUAAACUAUGAGGAAUAUGUAGCUCAGCAGCAGCAUUUGCUGUCUCAAGGACCUGCAUUGGCCCCAGCCAUGGCAUCCAAAAUGUACCCAAAGAUUUACACGGACAUCCACACUCACACUCACUCACACGUGGAAGGUAAAGUUCAUCAGCAUCAGCACAUUCAUUACCAGUGUUAAAGGGCCAUCCUGUUCAGUAGCUACCUUGUGCUUUUUUUCUCACGGUACCUCAAAAGAGACUGCUUCAAGUCAGCUUAAACUGCCAGCAAAAAAAGCAAAGCAGAAAAGAUAUAUAUAUAAAUAUAAAUAUAUAUAAAUAUCUAUAUUAAAAAAAAAAUAGAGAGCAAAAGAGAUACCUAUUACAAUUAGGAUGUAAAUGAGGAAUAAUGAAGGAAUUCCCAAUCUCAGCACAGAAGCAGCCAUUAAAAACAACAGAACCUUCUUGUAUUUUUAAGUCAAGAUGGCAACAGAUAAGGCAGGAAACUGUGACAUGAAACAUCCCCUCCUCUGUUGCAAUGCCAAAAGGGAGAAGAAGAAAAGGAGACCGCAACCCUAUUCCAGCUUGACAUCAGUCUUCCUGCCUCUGCCACAUACCACCUGUUUUUUGGUGCUAGGCUUAUCAGACUUUUUACUCUUGGGAACGUACAGAAGAGCCUUUUUACCUUAGCAUGACUGAAGCUAGAAAAUACCUGAGGUCGAGUGCCAAAGCACCAGGACACACAAUCAAGUGGCUUCUUCUGAAAGAACAAAAUAGAGCAAGAGUCUUUGGAGAAUACAUUGAUAUUUAAGAUGUGAAACGCCAAAUGCUUUUCAGCCACAGUCAUUUUGCCCAACAAUCAGUGAUAACUGAGCUAGCCAUUUCUGCAAAUCAAAGGUAUUGUGUUUUCCCCUCCGGGGUAUUUCUCACAGUCUUUUAACCUGCUCACCUCGUCCCAGUGCUAAACUUUACUGCCACUGCCAGGAAAACAAAGAAGGAAAGACAUUGUACAGAACAUCUUUAUAUUUAUAUUUAAGAAAUAAUAAUAAUAAUUAAUAAUAAUAAUUGAACUGUUGAAGGUCAAGAAAGCCAACCAUGCUGCCCUUCUCCGAUGCCGAUAGCUGUGAUUUUCAGUCUGAUGCUUGUGGCUUACAGUGACAAGCUACCAGAUUAAUUACGUCAAUGCAAAAUACAUGGAUAAGUAACAAAGAAAAAGAGAGAAAAAAAGUAAGAAAAUAAAAACUGUUUUGGGAAAGAAUGCAUUUGCUAAAUAUGCACCUAGGAUUGUGUGUGUUUUCCCCCCCCAGAUAAUGUUUUGCAGUUCAUCCAAACAACCUAACUUCAGUACCAUUUAUAUAACAGCAACAACAAACCAGAAAGGAAAAAAUAAAUCAAAGGACCAUACUAAAUGUCUAUAUGGACUAGAAAUACAUUCAAGCGCAAAUAUAAAACUUUUGUAAUUCUAUAUAGAGUUUAAACAGAAGUCAUGUAUAUUUAAUUUAUUUUGUUAAACAAGAAAAAAAUGUAUGAUAUUUUCCUCAAAACAGGCAUUUCUAUACAUAUUUUUGAUCCAAAUAAAGAUAAUUGGUUUUUUCCAGGUUCUUAUAGGUGACAUGCUCCAAAUAUAAACAGUGUAGCAUACAACAGUACUUUAUUUAAUCCAUUUGGACGUCAUAUAUUUAUAUGCAUUUUUGCAAUAGCCACGUGUAAUUUUCUAGCAGCAUCUCUGGCAUGGUGGGUGCCACUACUUCCAUUCAAAACUCUUCUGCCAUUUAAACCCAGGCCAGAAAGGCUUGCUGGGAACAGAUCAUUCUCUCUGCCCACCUUGUCUUCCCUCUCCCAGUAGCAAUCACCUGGGCCUGUAAGAACAUUUGUUUCACAAUUUACUUUAAAAAGUGGCUUGAUUAAUUUGUUUAACCACAGACCUGUGAUAGACUUAAUUCUAAUUGUAAUAGACUCCACUCUAAUUCUAGCUUUGAAAAGAAAUGUGAAACAUCACUAGAGACGUACGUUCAUACACUGAGCUUCUGUCUCUCAAUGUUUGGGGAGAAAAUGUUCCAGCCAAAUUCUGUUAUUCAUAAAAGCAGCUAAUAAACAUAAAAUGUUCAGUAGAGAUUCUGUUCACUACAGCAAGAAUAGUCGACACACGGUUCUGUGCAUCACAUAUUCCAUAUUAAGGGUUUACAGCUUGAUCCUACAAAGUAGGGCAGAGCUGCAUAAUUUUUUCCCCCCUAAAACCUCUUCCCACUGAACAAUGUAAAUUCAGCAACACAACAAUCUUUUGAAAAUGUGUCUUGGUUUUGCCAGCCGCUCAUAUGGAAAACAGCACAUUGAAAAAGUUAAAAAUAUUUCAGUUUUCCCCCCCAUAAAUAACUUUCUGCUUCAAUUCUUUUUUUUCAAUUAUAUUUAAAAAUAAUAAUAUUAACCCCCCACGCCCCCCUUAAAAUCGCAACAAAACAUUUCUUUUGACCCAAAGCAAAUUUUUCAGAAGUGUUUUAAGGGGGGCAGGGGUCAAAGCAGUUUGUAUUUUGAUUUCUGUAAUUGUCAUUAUCUGUAAGAGCUGAUGAUUUGCCCAGCCUCAGAGCCAAACACUCUGGCUCUGAUCAAGCAAAGCACAUAAACACCCACUUAAUUUUGUGAAUGUAGUUCCUAAUCCAAAAUCUCCACUGAGGCUAAUGCAAGUUUUUCUCUUAGGUUUUAGCAGCCUUUCAGUCAGACCUAUGAGUGGUCCCAUUCAAAUCAAUGGGACUACUCAGUUGCUUAGUUAAGCAUGUGCUUAAAUGCUUGCUGUAUCUACAGACUGCCGAUUGCCCAGUGCAAAGUCUUUUGUGGCCCUCUGCACUAUCAUGAAUUUGAGCCCCAAGCACCAUAAUGAUGACGCACUAAGGGAGCUGUAUUUUGCAUUUGUUCCCUGCACUGCCUUCCUGUUGAUUGUAAUGGGCACACUAUGGGUGGAGUGCAGAUUAUAAUGUCCCAUAUUCUGCAUUUACUGCAGAUAUUUUGAUGUUAGAGACCUGCACGGUCUAGCAAGUCAAAUACUUGCUCCUCUGGAGGAGAGCCCAGAAAGGCAGGGCUAAUAGACGGCCAUAGAGCUAAUGUUCUUAAGAGCUAAAUUGAGAUAUAUGAUGCCAUUGCAUAGGUCCUACUGAUGUCUGGCAAUCAUGCCCAAGCAUUCAGCAGCAUCAUUUAGCUAUGCUUACUGUUUUAUACAAGAGCUACCAGAUGAGGCAGUCAUAUUUUGAAAGCCUGUAUGCAGUUUCUUCGUACAUAACCUAUGUUUUAAGAAGCAGGCAUUUCCUUGAGAGGCUGGAAGAGCUAUAGCUAUUAUUGUGUCUGCCUCUCAUACAUGCCUAUGGGCAUAGACAAAAAGUAACAAUUUUCAGCUGAUCUGGCCACAGAAAGCAGUUUGUAACCAUAACCAAGCACAAGUACACAGCUGCAGCAGCUUCAAAAAUGGCCAGUUGGGUGUAAAUGUGAACCCCCAUUGCAUGAGCGGUCAGAUGAAGAUAUUUCAAAACAGAGCAUCUUCUGUAACUUCUGUCUGUGAUGUCUGCCAGCCUUAAGCUGUUUUCAGAAUGGGGGAGGGAAAGGAACAAAGGGAGUUCAGUCUGGAGGUUUUUCAACCCCUUCUGGAGGCUUGAGCAGGUGUAUUGGAGGCCCACCAAGGUGGAGGGGCUCCGAUACUCCCAUCUCACCCUCCAGCACUGACUUGGGAACCCCUAGGACAAGCUCCCUCUUCUCCUUUUCCCCCUUCCCAUUCUAAAACUUUACAGCCUCACAGAGAGGAGAGGCCAUUGCUAAGGGAAACUGGCUGCAGGCUCCCAGGCAGUAGCUAGAUUCUUUCCCCUCUGGAACCAACAGUGAACUUGUGUUUGCUCCAGUGAUUGCUGCAAGUCAGGACACUUCCUGCAAAGUCUUCUCAGUUACAGCAGGGAGCUGCACUUUUGUCUGCAUCCUAUGAGAAGCUUGGUAUUUUUACCACCAUAGCUAGGGACAGAAAUUGCAUAUAAACUGGUAUAAGUGAUUGAAAAGUGGUUCAGAUUUUUAACACAAGAAGAAAUUCAGGCACAUAAACCACUUUUAAAAUGGCCAGAACUGGUUUAAGAUAAACCUGGGUGGCUGUAGUAUGAGACUUAGGUUUAGGUUAAAUUGGUGUAUUAAACUUCUGUCCCAGAUCCCCUCCAGAUCUAACUCAACUCACAGUUCCCCAGCAUCCCAGGAUACUUUGCACCUCCUAUGCACCCCCCCCCCCCCGGGUGGGUGGUCUAGCCUUGGCCCAAGCUGUCUGCUCCAGCCAAGCAGGGAGGCAUGCUCCACCCCCACCCCCGGCUUCUGGCCUGGGCCACUGCAGGCAUGUAGCUGCAUUUCUGGAAUCAAAAGUGAAUGUCUGUUCACUUGCUUAUCAGUUCAAUCUAUGCAGCUUAGACUGACCUGCGAAGAUCGAAUUGAUCCAGCCUCAGGCUUUUUGACUAUCUGUGCGUAGCCCAUGACAAGGACAGACCUGCUGUGCAUUUAGGCAAUGUUAAGGGCAUGACACAAGUCCUAAUUCAGAGAUGAGGCUGACUGUCUUUCACAGACACUUUGUGUCUAGGUGCUGUAGGCAGAGGACAUGUACUGUACCAUACAUGUUAUAAUAGUGUUCUGCUGUUGCCUUAAAAGAUUCUCUCCUACGUGUGUCUACUUUGAGUGACCUGCUAGAGCCUCCCACAUGACACUUUCCAAGAUGGCAGCAGCAACUCUGCCCUGUAGUGAUAAAUUGCUUUUACCAUCUGCAUCACAGUGCUCCACUUCUCUCCUGGAAUGUCAUGGUGUUAUCUCGUGGAACGACACACUUUGAAAUAUUGCCCGGUGGUCCCAAUGGAGGGAGGACCACUUCCAUCUUGGAAAAAGCUGUGUACCAAGUGUUCUUUAAUGCUCCCAUGUUUAAAAUAUUAGUCUUAUGUGGUGCUUGUGAGGUGUGGGAAUCUUGGAAGUAAAUUAAGGGUAGCCCCAAGUGAUUCACCACUGCCACUGCAAGAGUGAAACCCAAUUGUGACUCUAAAUUAAGAUAUUCAGGAGUUGCUGGUGAUUUGGGGUGCCUAACUUGAGAUGUCCGUCAAGAUUCUGGUUUUCAGGAAAUUCUGAAUACCCGUCCUCUGAACAUCAGCUGACUUGAAAAUAGUUCAAGCUGAACACCUUCAAAUUGUGACAGCCCAAGCCAUAGUCCGUUUUGCAAAUCUUGGCCAAAACUAUGAUUAUCUGAGGUCCAGUGUGGUGGGACACUGUUGGCACUAGCAGCAUUAGCUGGCUUAACUGGGAGGGGGAAAUCGGACUCUAUGAUGAUAGCCCUUCCUCACACCAGCUGAGGAAGUGAACGUGUGCCAGGCAGCCCUUCCUUUCUAAAGACAAGGCAGUGGCUACACUCUUUUUGUGAACUUCAGCGCUGUGCAGAAAGACGACACAAGACUUCCUAAACCCAACUUCAGCUCUGAAUACUGUGGGUUUUACAUGUCGCAGACCUCAUGCUGUCUCCCUCUGCUUGGGGAUUUCCACCAUUGGGAAAGCAUUUUGCCUCCAUGAGGCCCAGUGCCUCCUUGACAUCUUGAUUGGGGUCCCUCUCUUCCACCCCUUGUGACAGGCCAUUUCUUUGUAGGGCUGGAGCGUUGUGCCUUAUAUAGGAAAAACAAAGUGUUCUUGUGUCUAAUUAAGCAGAGAGAAAUUCUGCUCUCAGUUACCCAGAUUUCUUCAGCAACAGAAUUUCAACAAGCCUUUUAACAAAUGCAGGAUAUUUAAAAUGAAUAGUGACUUUGCUUAAAGCAGCCUACCCUUGUCUCUGCUUCGAACACAGAAGCUUGACAUAUGCACCAGUCUGGGCCGACACAACAGUCCCCUUUCAACUCCGCACACCUUAAGAAUCAAAGGGAAAAGUUAGACUUAUAAACAAAUAGACUUAUAUCCUUGUUUAUUUUGCUUCUGUUGCAGAUUAAACAUGGCCUUAUAUGUCAUUUUUUGUGUGAUAUCUUUAAAAUUGUAUGGACAAUCUUUGUACAGUCAGCCCUUUUAAAGUUAAAGCUUUAUCAGACAUUUGCAAAUAAAAAGUGUGAUAUUAUUUACAAA